AACGAGGGAACGGAAAUUUGAAGGCGCCAUUCUGAAAUUAACCCUAGAAACUACAAAACACAGAAGAGUGUAUAAUGUUAAACUCUCCAGUGGUGGUUCCAAUUGAGAGCGCAAAGUCACCGCGCAACCAUGCAGACCACAGAAGAAGGUGGUGACAAUAAGCCAAUGGGUUUUGAUGGAAGCGAUUUGGAGAAAGAAAUUUCCAAGCUGCGCGGGAGAUGGGAACUCGCCUCUGUUCUCAAUUUUUUGGAGGUGUUUAAUCCUAUACUUGGAGAUAAUUUGAAGCUUUCUGCUGAGGAUAUUGAGAUUGGGCUUGUUAAGCCUGACGCUUCGCUUGCUCGCCUUCAUAUUCAGCUUUUGAAGGGAAUGCCACCUGUGAGUAAAACACUGGAGGAUUCGGACAAAUGGGUGACUGCACUCUGUAAGAAACUUACUCUGUGGUGGCCAUGGGUUGCUGAGGGGGAGAUUCCACUUGUACCAUCUAAAGGGCAGGAGAUAUCCAAGUUCAAGGAAAUUGAUCCAUCGGAUCGUUUACUACUGCUUAAAGCGCUUUGUGAAGUUAGAGCUGAUCAACAUGAUGCAGUGUCAUACAUAAACAAUGCUUUAAAAGAAAGAACCCAAAUCUCAUUUUUUCGCAAAGAUGCCUUAGGAAGAGAUAGAACUGGCACAUCUUACUGGUACGAUGCAACUUCAAAAGGUCAGAGUCACAGAUUGUACAGGGAAGUUAUUAAAUCAGACUCAAUUCCAAAAGAUGAGGGUAAUAGGCGUUUAUCACUCCCCACCAUUCAGUGGGAAACCCUUGCUUCCAAUCUUGAAGAAUUUUCAGAAGUAGCUGAAAAAUUCUCGCUCAGCAAGUCUUCAGUGGAAGUUUCUGUUAGUACAAAGCUUCAGAGCAAUGCUAUUCCUGCUCUUGAAAAGCUUCGGGAGAAGAAAGAAAAAGCAAUAAAGAAAAAGCAGAGAAAGGAUAUGCUGUUGAAGGAUAUUCAAAACUCCUACUGUUCUGGAAAUACACGUGCCUGUCGCACUCGAAGACCUAUUUGUUAUACAUUUGCUUAUGAUCGAACAAUAAAGGAGGCAAUACAGCUGACAAAUAAAAGGAAAACAUCUGUUGCUGACCAAGACAAAACCAGACAAUCAGAAGAUCAAUCCAACACAAAAAAUGUAUCAACAGGCAGUGAUUCUGAGCGGGAUAUCAUGCAAAUAUCUGAUGAUGAUGUUGAUGCUGGCUAUGAAGUUGAGAAUGAUGGUAUCAGCGAGGAGGAGAAUUGUGUUGAUGGAGAGCUAGUAAACUCAGAAGCUCCCUCAAGCCAUGCAGUUUCUUAUCCCAAGGGGGUUCGCUGCAGCAAGCGGCUAGCUGGAGUUCCUAGCCACGCCAUUUUAGAAAGCAGAGGCUUAACUACUAAGCAAACAUUGAGACAGAGACCCACUCGCAAUUCUGCUUUAGAAUCUAUCAUGAUAUUGGAUUCAGAGGAUGAAGCACAUGAUGAGAAGACAGAUUUGUCAGAGUCUAUUUAGGGCUGGUAUGCACCUGCAUUUUGACUAUUGCAUGUCACCAAAAUUUGGGGGAUUUGAAGAAGCCAUAAUUUUUUGAAGGAUUAUCAUUAUAAGUAAUUUUUUGCUUCUCCGAUAUCAGGCCUUCGAAUCCACGAAUCCAUAUUUUGUCUCCGAUAAGAUCCUAGAAAUUUCUUGAGUAUUUGAGUAUAUAAUAUGUAGGUAUGGCUAAAGAACCUAUAUGCUGUUUAGUUUGAUGCAUGCACACUAUAGCUCAUCUUGAAUCUAACAAAACAAGUGCAGCAACCUCUGCAUGAUUCACAAGAAACAAAUGCCACACUAUAAACAUCUUUUUUAUUGUGGAAAGAAAUUUAAAUUAAAUAAAAUUCGGAACACUU